CCUAGAAAUUGAAGUUCAUGAAUUAGGGGGAAAGGCGACCCAAAGAUCAAGAGCAAAACUACACGUAAAUUGCCUUGUUGAUCCGAAAUUUGCCGAAUUUUGGCCAUGAGAGGCGCCGAUUUGGAGCCUUCAACGAGCAGAAAGCGCCGACGAGAUGAGGAAUCGGAGCCAGAAUCAGAGAACAAUGCCGACGACUCUCGCUCUGUCCCCCUAGAGGAUAAUCUAACGUUCAGCGACACUCUGAUGGCUAUCCGAAUGAUGCGCGCCCAAUUUCCUCACAUUGAAAAGGUCUCAGUUCAGCCAUUUGUUCUACAAUCUCAGUUGUACAGCAGCAUAAAGGAUAGGACACAAGUGGAUCGGGAAUUAGAGUCUUUACGAAGGGACAGAGUAUUGCGGAUAUUUAAGUUAAAUACUGGUCAGAACGAUCAUGGGAUAAUGAUGCUCGAUGAUUACAUUAAUCAGAUUGACCGUGCCGUGAAAAGAAUGGAACAAAAGAAGGAAACUGAUCUCCGUGUUUUCGAGUGGUUCAAGACUCAUGUCAUACAAUCCAAACUCGAUGUCAGCAUUAGUCACCAAGAACUCUGUGCGCUCCUUUCGACUGGAGGAAAGGUGAAAGAAGAACACAUGACACAGUUAAUUAAUGCCGGUCUUCUUACUCGGCAACUCAUCGAUCCAAACAUGUAUUGGUUUUCGAUCCCGAAUGUUGGUUCUGUUCUCAAAGGUCUCUCACAGGGGAGGAAGGAGGUUAUGUCGUUGCUGGGACGUCGGAAAUACAAGGAGAUGAUGGUGGCAGAGUUGGAGAAGAAGCGUCUGCGGCUCUCGCCGCUCGACGUCAGGUUUCAUCUCCGGGAUCUGAUCGGCUCCGGCCACCUGAAAACCGUUCAGGGGCCAACUGGUAUGAUUGUGCGGAUUACAAAGGAUUAAGAUAUAUAUAUAUAUAUAUUAUCCACACACACGCAUUUGACGGGAAUUUCCGGCGAUCACAAGCACACAUGCACCUACUAGGAUUAAUAUUUUAAGUAUGCAUGAAGAUGGCUGGUAGCAUAUAUGUAUAUGUAUAUAUAUAUAUAUAUAUUAACUUUGAAUAUUAAUUAUUAUAUCGAAACGUAGUCCAAAUCAAGUGAAAAUGACAAAAAUAUUUUUAUUAUUGUUUUAUAAUACUAAUAUAAUUAUAUUUGUACAAAAAAUUAUACAAAUAUAAAUAUAUUUUUAACGUGACGUAAAAGGUAAAUGUAAUCUUUAGAGGUGAACAAAUAGAGUAUAAUUUUACAUUAACAUAAUAUAAAUACAGGGCAUGGAUCAACUAUUGAUGUUAAUCCGUUUAUGCUGAUUUGACCGGAUCAAUAUAUACUUUAAUCAACAUAUAUUUAUAUAUAUCUUAACAUAUAUAUUUGUAAUAUAAUAUAUGUUGAUUAUGUGUAUGAUAUAUGCUGGAUAAUAGAUGCUAUUAUUGAUUUCAAUACAAAAGUGGUGGUUCUGAUUUAACACAAA